ACAAAAUGUGUUUGUGUGGUGUGUGUCAGCAGAUUCAACAUUAUGGCGAAGCAAUUAUCUGCAGGGAUACAGAGUCGAAUCAAGUUUUUCAGCGAUCCAGGAUGGACGUGUAAAAGAUGCGGUGAAGGAAAUGACUUCGAGAAACGGUUCUGUAAAAAGUGUGGCCGCAAAAAUGUGGCACACGAGAGACUCCAGAAGAGCAUCAAGAGGGCAAGCUUGGAUCGCACGACAUGGCACUGCCCUUCGUGUACCUUCAUCAAUCGGGAGUGUGACCGAUUCUGUGAGAUAUGUAACACAGUGCGCAGUGACCUGGUAAACAAGGAUACGCCAAAGUCUGCGAGGUCAGAUAUAAUGUUUGACGACAGUGCAAAAUGUAACACUAUAGCACCGGGUAUGAUGGACAACUUCAAUGACAAUGAACCUGUCAGAAUGAGGUGUUAUGAUCAAGGAAAAGAAGAGGAGGAGAGAAAAUCACGUUUAGGUAGGUUCUUCGCAUUUAUCACUGGCUCAUCGGACAAAAUUCACGAGGAAAAAGAUUGUAAUUCCAACGAAAAUAAGAAAAAAUCAAAAGGUGGAGUAAUUCGAAAUAGUAAGCUUUUUCAGUUCUUUGUGGGCGAUAACAGCAAGUCUUCUGAUAAAGUAAAGACCAAAAAGGAUAUUAAAGAAACAAAAACUGAGGAGGAAGCUAGACAAAGUGUAUUCUACCUGGAUGUAAUAUCGGAGGAUUCCGACAGUGAAACUGAACAUUCAGGAAAAACGCAGCAAACUUACAUAAGUGAAUGGAAACAGAAGAAAUUAGAUGUGAAACAACCAGAUAAAAAGACGGUGGAAAAGAAACCAGAAGGUAUCAAUUUAGUAGUAAAAGUACCCGAUAAAAAGAGGGAAGAAAAGAAACAACGCGGUACUGAUUUUGUUGUAAAAGUACCCGAUAAAAAGGUGGAAGAGAAGAAACCAGGAGGUUCUGAUUUAGUUGUAAAAAUAAUCGAUAGAAUAGAAGAAAGGCAGAAACCUGGAGGUUUGGAACAAUGGGAGCCACGCAAGGUUUUGCCGUCACCAAGGAGAAAGGAAGGAAUUGGCAUAGAAGACAAAAAACGACUGUUCGAAAACAGGUUAGGAGAUAAACAACCCGUGCCUUUAGCAAUAAAUGCUAGAAAAGAAAAGGAUGAUGAGAAAUCAAAUGUACCUAACAAGAGACAAAAUAUCAAAGAAAGAUAUGUGAAGAAAGACAAAGACGAUAGAAAAACGCAGGAGACAUCUGGAAACGCUGUUAAACCAAUCUUCCUUCGUCAAAAAGACAAAGAAGACUUUAAACUUGACAAAAAACUAAAAGACACCUCUGAUGCAGAUAGAAAAAAGGAAAGAUGGGCAUGUAAGUCAUGUUCGUACUUAAAUGAUACUUUGGCACAGCGAUGUCGGAUGUGUGACAAACAACGGACGAAGAUAGAAGCUAACAGGCCUUCCAAAUUAAUGAAAAGACGCAUGCUCCGAAGUAGACGAAGUUUGAGAAUAGCUGAUUUACAGAAGGAAGAGGAAAAGGAGGCACACCAAAAAUGGGUCAACAUCACGUACUAUUGUAGAGAGAAUGGUUCCAUGUUUGUUGACGAACAGUUCCCACCCAAUGUUUCGUCAUUGUACACUAGACCACGUGUCACCAGCAACAAUCCAACAUGGCUUCGAUGCCAUGAUAUUCGAACAGAAGACAACACAGAAGAAAAAGAUGAUUGGGCUGUUUAUCGGUCGAAUCCAUUGGCUGACGAUAUAGGUCAAGGUCGUCUUGGAAACUGCUGGUUUUUGAGUGCUCUAGCGGUGCUUGCGGAAAGGAAAGAAUUACUGGAAAAGAUUAUUUUGACCCGACAGUUCUGCAAGGAAGGGGCUUACCAUGUCCGUCUGUGUAAGGACGGGAGGUGGAAAAUCGUCCUUAUAGAUGACUUCUUUCCAUGUGAUCAAUAUAACCGCCUUUUGUACUCCAAGUCAAAGCGAAAACAGCUCUGGGUGCCCCUGAUUGAGAAGGCCGCUGCCAAGCUGCAUGGUUGUUACGAGGCCCUGGUGUCCGGUAGGGCUAUCGAAGCGCUGGCUUUGUUAACAGGGGAACCAUGCGAACGGAUACAACUCCAAGAACAAGAAGACGACGACGUAGAAAUUGACGAGAAGAAAAUUUGGACAAAGCUUGUUAAGGCCCGUCAAUCUAAGUUUUUAAUGGGUACGUCAUGCGGAACACUGAACAUGAAGUCGAGUGAUUUACAACAUUAUGAGACAUUGGGGCUGAUACCUAAUCACGCCUACUCGCUGCUAGACGUACAAGAUGCGGCGGGGAAUCGUCUGGUGAAAAUUCGGAAUCCCUGGGGCACGGUUUCCUGGAAAGGGAACUGGUCCGACCACUCCUCCAAGUGGUCACAAAUCAGUGAGCGGACGAAGAAAGGCAUACAACUGGAUGGAAAUGACAAGGGUAUAUUCUGGAUGUGCCUUCCGGACUUCAUGAGAUACUUUGAUAGUGUCGAGGUGUGUAAAGCCAGACCGAACUGGAACGAACUUCGUAUCAAAGGAUCAUUCCCUCCACACGCAGACCAGCCUUGGAAAUUUGUCACUUUAAACAUCUUUAACAAAACAAAAAUGGACCUUUGUUUGUUCCAGAGGACCGUAAGGGGUGAGGGCUUAGCGAAGGAACCAUUUGUCGAUAUGAUGGUUGUGGUGUUGGCGAAUUCCAAAUCACAAGACAAAGUACUGUCCAAAGUUGUAUGUAACAGCCGUCGAGCAGCGAAACCGUUUACAGGGUGUGAGGUGGAGCUAGGUCCAGGAACAUAUACCGUAGCCUGCUUAGCGUUCAAACACUGGCAGACAGGUGUGCCUAUGUCCUCCUCACUACGAAUGGCUACGAUUGAGGCUUUGAACAAAGACUUUGUACUGACCAUACACAGCUCUGGGUCAGUACAGUCGGACGAAUUCGAUACAUGCAGUCCAACAUGCAAGUUUAAUCUGGCUGAUGUCAUCAUACUUUUGGCAAUUGAAAAGGGAACCAAACAAGAGCUAUCUCCUGGCCUUAAUAUGUACGCACUGUGGUGGUACGGUGCUAUAUUUGUGGUGGAGAACACAACGAGUGACCAGUACGGACAGGUAAAGUGUGACACGUCUAGUAGCUCCUAUCUUAUCUCCACACGAGGUAGCUUUAUGACAAUGGACUGUGUCCCACCAAAACACAGACAGGUCAUACAGGUAUUGACCCCUCUGGAGCCGGUUACUGGAUGGUCCACUAACCGAUCAAUGCAAUACCUGAUGUCCCCUACUCCUGGGCUGUACCGAGAAUGGCGAGCACCUAAUGAAGUGUUACAUGUCCCGGAUAUAACAACAGAUGUGGCUGGCCUUCACAGUCCACAACAAUACUGAGUUCUCCUUCAAACCAGCAUGUAGAUCAUGGACUGGACAAAGAGUGGUGGUUUCUAAACGAUUCAGAACUACACCGUUGAUUUCCCCUCUAUGGAGUGCAUCCUUACUUCAGAAAACUCAUAUAUGAGACACUUAUUUCAGUGGAAACAAAACGGGAUAAUACCGACUGACACUUACAGGAAUUAAUGCGGCUUAAUCGAUCGGCAUGCAAUACGACAGAGUAUGUCUUAUGUAACUACUACAGGGUACUAGUAUUUCAUUUAAAAUACUGUCUAUCGACUUCAUCGACUACUUACUAAUGUAGUUUGAUGUUGAAAAUAAAUACGAAACAAUAAACAGUGUAACUUUCAUACCAUUGCGACACUAUAUAUUUACAAAAGUAAUCCCGGUUUUUCAAAAGAGAAAUCUGAGAAUCUCCCUUGACUUCAAACUUUUUCAAAUGUGUGUAAUUGAUUGUGUAAUAUUGACAGUUUAUUAAGGUUCCCAAAUGUCAAUCAUUAUACCAAAGUAUCCCAUUCAUUGUACAUGUUCACCUGUCCAAGAGCCUACACGACCAUGAUAGUAUGUUACGUCCUAUAUUUAGUACCACGAGUCGACAUUUUAUUUUAUGGUGUAAAAGAUUACAUAAGACAUUAUGGUAAUCAUAUGGGCACUCCUAUUGACUCUUGCUCAACCCAUUAGCAGAUCUAGCAAACGUGACAGUGUAUAUUAUACUUGGGAUGUUUAUUUAACAGUUACAUUACAUAAAAACAAUAUUAGAAAUAUAAAAGAAAAUAGCUAAGAUAUUUUGUAAACAAGUCCCACGGCUAGCGUUAGCCGAAGGCAGAAUUUACACUGACAGCAUCGUUGACCACUGAUACAUAGUGUGUGCCUAUCCCAAUUAUCAUCUUGGGACGAAUCGUCGUGUCAUUUUUCAGCUUCAGCAUCUUUAAUCUCUUUUUCGUUGUUUGCACACAAACGAUUUUAGAAAAAUUGAUAACAUCAUAUUGUCUACACUGUAGGAAUUACUUCCUUGCCCAUAUACAAUUCUAGGAAAUUCGUAUCCUACAAACAUACGUUUGCAAGGAAUCAGUGUUAUUCGAGAAGCUACCUUUAAUAUUAUUUCUUUGACCCAUAUAUAUGCUUAUUAGAAUCUCAGUUAAUGAUGUAAUAUUGCUCUUCAUGUCUGAAACCAUGAAAGUACAUUGAUAUAUAUACUUUGGUGGGUAUUUUUUUGUAUUGUUGCGCUGUGAAAUGCAACCAGCAUGGCUAAACUUUCUCUAUUUUUUCAUAUAUAUAUACCAUAACGACAAUGUUAGGUAAAACAGUUUUGUUUGUUUUCUUUACAGAAGGAAAACGACUACUUUGAUGUGAUUACCUCGAUCGAUCGAGAUGGAAAUCGAAAAAUGAUUUCAUAUCUUGAUUUUCUGUACCAUGAUAUAAAAUACAUAAUAAAAUAAUUUCAUACCAAACGAAAGAGAAA